GGAAGAUUUGGCGGCGGAGGGGAUACGGGUGAUGAUGAUGGGGCAGACGCGGCGGGCAAGGACUCGGAUGAUGAUAAUGAGGAUGAGCCAGAGGUCAGUAUUGAGGAACAGUUUAUUUUGAGGCUGCCGCCAGGAGAGAUGUGUGAUCGGUUCAGGGAGAAGGUGAUUGCACGCGAGGUGGAUGAGUCUGUCAAGCUGAAAUUCGCAGAUGCACGGCGAGGAACAUUUACGUUCGAGGGCCUCGAGUUCCCGACAAAACUGGUGGAUUUACCGACGAUUAUCGAAGCACAAAAGACACUCAAUGGGAAGCAGAUGUACAAGAUCGCGGAUAUUUCACAGAUGCUUGUGGUGGACCCAACACCGGUGGAAAAGCCGACGGUCAUCAAGACAGAGCCUUCAACAGCAACAGGACCAUCAUCAGGCGGCGCUAAUUCACAGGUGGAUGCAACAACCACAUCCAUGCCAGCACCAACUCUCCCACCUCUCAAACAUAGCGACUAUGUCUGGCCCGAUGGGUUGACGAACCCGUUAAAGAAUGUUCGGAAACGUCGAUUCCGAAAACGCGUUUCCAAAGUGGCUGUUGAGGGCGUAGAGAACGAAAUAGAGCGCUUACUUCAGGAAGACGCCCUUGCAGAGGAAGUUGUAUAUGAAAUUCGAGAGCAGAUCGAUGGCAUGGACCGUUUCGACUCUGACGAAGGGGCUACACCAGCUCCUGAGGGCGUACACAGCGACAUGGACAUGGACGGCGAGAUGAUGGAUAUGGAUGAAGAAGAAGAGGAAGAAGACGAGGACGAGGACGAUCUGCUGGCAGAGCUCGAGAGAAAGAUCGAAGGUGGUGACGGGAACUCUACGGACGAUGAAGGCGAGGGCGAUGAAGAUGGGGGAACGCCACAACCGCAGAUCAAGGCCAAUACUUCUGCACAGGGAGUCGGCGCUAAUUUCGCCGGCAGCGGCUUAAACGUCAGCAAUGUCAAGACAGGACCAGCAAAUGCAAAUGCAGGGAUUGGAUUGGGAGCUACAGGAGUAUCUGGCGGUCAUCUUGGUAGCACAUCAGGAGCAUUAUCGGGUGCUGCAGGCAGAGCAUCUUCAGCGAUCAAACAGGGUAGCAAGGGCAAGGGUCAGACCGGAGAUGAGGAUGAAGAUGAGGAUGAAGACGAUGAAGAGGAGGAUGAAGAGGAGGAAGAGGACGAUGAUGACGAUGAUAGUGGAUCAGAGGAGGAUGAAGACGAAGACGAAGACGAUAAAGAUGACAAGGAGAGUGCACAGAUGGAGAAGCUGCUCAAGGACGAGAUCAAGGAAUUGAACGGCAAGGUCAAGGAUAAUGAAGAGAAACUUCAGUCGGCGCCGAACGAUAUCCUUAAGAGACGUUUCGGAUCGAUCUUGGACAACCUCCGCAAAGAACUGGAGCUUAAGACGAUGCAACUAGAAGAAGUCAAGGAGCGGGCCAAGUCCAAAGCUAAGGCGAAAUAAAGCAGAUAGUUCUGGUGAUCAUCCUCUUUUGCGCUUGCAUUCAUUCAAUGC